AUGAAUUCGUUGCGAUCCGCAAUCUCGCGAUUAUUCGAUAGAAUUCAUUUCGGUUUGCUCAGAAAGAAAUACAUUGACGACGAGCAUAGGAUCGCAUCUGAGGACUUCAUUAAAUGGCUUUUGAAAAAAAGCGUCCUUAACUUGUAUCCUGCUGCCCCGUACGAGCGCAAGGCGACCGCAAUUGAAAUUUUAUCGUGCGCACGAAACGUGACAUCUUCACCACAAGGAGAAGGAAUCGAUAACGGUUAUGCGAGAAUACUUUCUGAGGAGCUCUUGCAAAGUGAAGCUGCCACCCGUGUGUUAUUGAAUGCAUCACUGGAUUCUUGGGACAGACUAAGAAAAUCUGCUUUUGAUAUGCUCAGUGCUCUUCCUUCCCCGUUGCCUGGUGUUGAAACUGGUGCUGAAUUGCGUAAGCACUUGACUUGGGCAAAAUCAAUGAUUCUAUCUCCAAUGAUAAAAGAAUCAGACGCAGCAGCUUUGCAAGUGCGGUUAUGGAUUAAGAAAUACGUAUUUGAAUUAAAGUGGAGUUUUACGCUUGUUCCAGAAGUCUCAGUAUCAGUUCCAGAGAAAUUGACUGACGCGCAAUCGCCUCCUGUCUUUUCUUUACUCGAUAUUUUGAACGACUUCAUAGAAGCUCAAGUUCAACUGGCAAGCAUUGAUGUGUUGGCCGCCUGUAAAAAGUCCUUAGCUCACGGACCUUUACUCCUCGCAAGGUACGAUUGUUUUUUUUCGACAACGCAAAAUUCUCUCGGAGAAGACACGAUGUAA